UCGAUGGCGGCCGAGGCAGGCGUGAAGAAGAUGAUCCUGCUCAAGAGCUCGAAUGGCGAGGGUUUUCAGGUCGAGGAGGCGGUCGCCAUAGAGUCGCAGACCAUCCGCCACAUGAUCGAGGAUGACUGCGCCGACAACGGGAUCCCGCUUCCCAACGUCGACUCCAAGAUCCUCGCCAAGGUCAUCGAGUACUGCAAGAAGCACGUCCAGGCCAGCCCCAAUCCGGCUGACUCUAGCGCUGCCGACGCAAACUCCUCCACCUCUACCGCCGCCGCCGCCGAGGACCUCAAGAGCUUUGACGCGGAGUUCGUCAAGGUCGACCAGGCCACCCUCUUCGACCUCAUCCUGGCUGCCAACUACCUCAACAUCAAGGGAUUGCUCGACCUUACUUGUCAGACUGUUGCAGACAUGAUCAAGGGCAAGACCCCGGAGGAGAUCCGCAAGACUUUUAACAUCAAAAAUGACUUCACACCCGAGGAGGAGGCGGAGAUCCGCAGGGAGAACCAGUGGGCUUUUGAGUAGAAAAUAGUAGCAUCGAGGCAAUGUUCGUUGAAGUAAUGCUAGCAGUAUUAAUCUUGUUUUUUUAGACUUUGUAUGUCUACGUUUCAGCACUUCUUUUUUCUAUGUCGUCGUAAUCGCUGUAAUUAUUCCGAAUUCAAAACAUCGUUAUAUUCUGAGUUAUAUAGAAAUAGCCUAUCGUGAUCAGUGCUCACCACCUAUGAAACUGAAUUAUUAUUUGUCAAGUGGAUGUUAUAUGCUUGGUAAUAUCAUCCUUAGCUGCCGUGUGAUUUGAGAUAGGAAAAAUGAUACAAGAUGACAUAAAUUUGGAAACAAACUAGGCAUAAUAUUGAAAAGUUGAAGGCAAAUUUGAAAACCAGAGACAAUGUUGAUAUUUUCGGCUAUGUUGAAAUAGCCAUAUUGUUUGCGAUUUUAUAUCUACAGAUUUGCUAAAAAUCUGUCGACUAAUUUUCAUUUGGCUUCAGGUCGAAUUUUAUGACUGUUCGAUCAUUGUCACGAACCUCAACGCGCAGCAGCAGCAUUUUGUCCGUUGCGUAGAGUGGCAGGUGCUUUAGUUAUUUUUUUUCGGCUUACGGGUCUCCGCUCCCGACCCACCUGGUCUUGACGCCGACCUGUUUUCAAAACACACCUCCACUCACCGUUUUCUCCCAGGUCGACGGUGUAA